AUAUCCCCUUUAUCAAAUCGUACUUCUGUUCCUUUUUUACCAACCUCUAAAAUUACUUUUAAAACACCUUUAAUUUCAAAUAAUUAUGAAGUCUCUAAUACACAUUUAUUUAAAAAAUUUAAAAAAUCCAAAGUAUCAAUUCAAAAAGAAAUUAAUAUAACCGAUUUUGAAAAAAAUAAUCCAGAAAAAUUCGAAGAUAAUUAUCCUAAAGUUAAUAUAACACGUUAUAAGGGGAAGCGAGCAUAUUAUUAUCAAUACAAUAUUUUGAAUUUAGGAAGCUAUCCAACAAAUGUUCAACGUACACAAAGAAGUAGAUAUCGUAUUCCAAAUGGUUACUGUGUUCAAGCUUAUCUUUAUGAACGAGAUGUCAUAUGUUCAAUCAAUUAUGAAUAUAAUGGAAAG